AUGGAAAACAACAAAGAGUCAACAGCGCCAAUUGCAUCGGCUACGGCCGCCGGACCAGCUACGGAUUCCAUAGUAGAAGCGCCGACUGCUCCAAAUACAGCGCCGGCGGAUAGCACAGCGUCGCCCGCAGAAUUGCCCACAGCAUUGCCCACAGCAUUGCCCACAGCAUCGCCCACAGCAUUGCCCACAGCAUCGCCCACAGCAUCGCCGACAGCCCCUGAAGCAAGCCCAACACCCGAACCUACAGCCACAAGAUCAUUGCCGGUAUCUGACCCUAUGGCAAUAAUACCCGCGGAGAGCGGACCUCCGCCACAAUACGAUGAGCACAAGAAAGACGCAAUCACAACUCCUGCACCGGCUGUUACAUUGCCACAAACCAACGAGAAAGGCACACCAACUGUGCUGCAAGUUCCAGUCGCCCAACGAGUGAUUCCACUGGCCCAACUUGGCGAAGAGCCCGGACGCAUCUGUUGUCCGUUUUGCUUCCAUGAGGUUCAGACAAGGGUGAACAAAGAGAGCACCAGCGCUACGUCUAUGGCGGCAGUGUGCUGCUGUCUCUUCGGCGGAAUUUGCUGUGCAUUCCUACCGUUCUGUAUGGAAAUGUGUCACGACUCGCACCACUUUUGUACGAAUUGUGGCGUGCAAGUAGCAAUUCAUCCGCACGACGGCCCUGUACAGCAAUUCGGACCUAACUCCCCUGGGGCAAUUAUCCAAGCACCGGGACGUAUUCAACCACCAGAGGCUGUGAUGAAGAACUAG